AUGCGUACGUUCAUCAUCCUACUCUUGGCGGGUUUUACCUCGUUCGCAAGUGCAAAGAAAUUUGUACGAGUGUGCUACCAUACAAACUGGUCUCAGUAUCGCCCAGGUGCAGGCAAGUUCUGGCCUGAGAAUAUCGACCCCGAUCUUUGCACACAUUUGGUGUACUCUUUUGCCAAAAUUAACAGGAACACCGACACGUUGGCCAUGUACGAGUGGAAUGAUGACAAAUUAUACCCAAGGUUUAACGCACUCAAACAGAAAAAUCCCAAUUUGAAAACCCUCUUGGCCGUAGGAGGUUGGAACCACGAAAAUGCAAACAGUCCAUUUUCCAAGAUGGUCCGCACCGCAGCUUCCAGAAGGGUAAUGUUUCUAAAUCGCUUUUUCCAACUUGAAAAUGUAUUCGUUGUGAAAAGUAAAUCCUUUGUAAAUGAGUACUUUACAUAAGCUUGUAGGGUUGAAAGCUUUUAGUUAUCAUAAGCAGCCUGUGCGAUUGAUCCAGUAACUCCUUACGUGAAUUUUCUCUUCCCUUUUAUGCUUCAUAAGUGUUUUGAGAACGACUUUUAACCGUUUAAUGCCCAAAAAUGGGGAACAAUGUUCACCACGUCGCUCCUUUGAUCUCUUUCUUUUUUAAAAGAAGAUGAUGCAUUUACCGUUUUCAAGCUUUGCGGAACUUAAGAAAGCCUUGCCCAAAACUUGCGGAAAGAACUCCGCAGUAAUCUCUUUCUUCACAAGAACUGACUAACAAGAGCAAAUUCUUGUUAUUUUUGAACACUUAGGUUUUUAUUGAACAUGCAGUAUCCUUUCUGCGAAAGUGGGGAUUUGAUGGCCUCGAUCUGGAUUGGGAGUAUCCGGGUAGAAAAGACAGAGGAGGAUCCGUCCCAGAAGACAAACAGAGGUUCACAUAUCUUUGUGAAGAGCUGUUGGAUGAAUUCAAAGCUGAAGCGGCCCAAACCGGCGAGCCUCGCCUUUUGCUGACAGCUGCUGUAUCAGCUGGUAGGGACACCAUCGAGAAAGCAUACGAGAUCAAGAAACUGGGUAAGGUGCUGGACAUACUCAACCUAAUGACCUAUGACCUUCACGGCAGCUGGGACAAGGUGACGGGACACCACACAGCAAUGGUCGAUAUUACAGGAGAUGGUAAAGAUCACUACGUGCCAUACGCAGCCCAGUACUGGAUAAAGGGAGGAUUUCCACCUGAAAAAAUUGCCCUUGGAAUGGCGACGUAUGGACGAGCGUUCGCCCUUAGAGAUGCGAAUAAUAACGGCCUCGGCGCUCCUAAGGCCGAAUGGACAAGUCCGCCUAAAGGUCAGUACACUCGUGAGCCUGGAUUCCUGGCCUACUACGAGAUCUGCAAAAUGGGUUUGACUAUUGUUACCGAAAAUGCAGUGAAAGCUCCAUAUGGGUACAAAAGCAGAGGGUGGGUAGGCUUUGAUGACCAACAGAGUCUGAAAUACAAGAUUGCAGAGGUGAUAAAAAAGAAGAAUCUCAUGGGAGCGAUGUUUUGGGCUCUUGAUUUAGACGAUUUUAGUGGCAAACAUUGCGGUCAAGGCAGAUAUCCCCUGAUAAACUCAGUGAAAAAGGCCCUGGAAACCAACGUACCACAACCACGUCCAAGUACUCCACCUUUUACCACUUCAGCACCAGGCCCUGAAACGACCACCGGACCCGUCCCUGUCACUACGACUGAACCUGGCCCUGUAACAACAGCGGUACCAUGUCCUGUAACAACCUCGGGGCCGGUACCUUCAACCCAACGUCCAGUUUCACCAGGUCCCGGAAAAAAUUGUGAGGCAAUCCCACCACACAAUACCGGACCGAACAUGGAUGAAUGGUGCAAGUUAAACUGUGCAAUGGGAAAUUGUCCAGCGAGUCACUGCAAGUGCACCUAGAAAGAAGCGCGGUGACUGAUUGAUUGAUUGAUUGACUCUAGUGUGUUUGGUUUUUGUUAGGCCAUGAAGUAGAAAUAAAAUAAGCGUUGCAACAAAUUAUAAACACUCUUGUAGAUUGAUUAAGGGGUAUCUUUUUACGGUUUUAAUUAGUGAGUAGAAAAGAGUUUCAAAAAUUAUGUUAAUAAUCAACGGGAAAGGUCAAGGGUACUGAAUAAAACAUAAACUUGCAAUUGCACAUACCUCUAAAACGCCAAGUAUCCUCACAUUUCCUUCCGAAACGGAAGUUUGUAAAUCAUACUCAAACGUCGCAGUUAAUUAUAAUGCUUAACGACUCACAUCUUUAGGGGUGAAAAUAUUGGGAUCAAGGAACGGUUCAAUACAAAAGGUCCAUCACAAUCUCUUUUAUGUUAAGACGACUCGAUGGGGUAUUUUUCAGGGUCAAUACCUCCCACGUUUGAGCAGAAACUAAGUCACCAUUAACAAAGAUUUGCAAAGGUUACCACCACAGCUGUAUUGUAGAUGAAGAUGAAAAUUGUUAUGGUCAGUGUUACAAUGACAUCAGAGUUGUUAUAGCAACGAAAUGACGCAAUUACUUAUUUUACUUGCAGCCCUAUUUCUCGGCACUGAAGUUCACAGGAGUUUUUUCUUCCAAUAGUCCCCUCUAUGCUUGUGAAGUUUAAGCAAAGAAAGCGUUAUCGAUAUACUUUGGGAUGAAGUGUUUAUGGUAAGGAAUACGGUAAAAAAUGGACAAUCUUGAUGUUCGGCCGUUAUACUGACGGAAACGAAGCGCUUUUGAAAUGCAACUUUACCUCAUUAUAGUAGUCUCAAUCUUUUUAAAAAAGUGUGUGAAAGAUUAUGGGUAUAGCUUUGGCCGAUUGCAAGAAAGAAGGAUUUGAUUAGUUGGUAUUAAGGCGCUCUUGCUAGCGGUUUUGUAAACAUUUUGGUCUACUUACACAAAUAACUGAAUAAUUUUCAAACCGCUCGACAUAUUUCUUGCACUUGCACUGUCACUUUUCUUUACGAUUUUUUUAAUUCUAGCGUCCGUCCGUCUGCUGUCGAAAGGUAAAACUCAAAAAGAAUUUGUUCGAUUGAAAUAGUAGUUUAAAGGAUGUUGUGUAAGUAAUAAAGUGUCGGAUAAUUUUUUCGUUCUAAAAUAGCUUUGAUGCCUUGCAUUUUUGCAUGAUCAUCCAACUUUUUAAAGUCCUAUUUCCAAAUUGUUGUGUAAUCGCAAACGAAAAUGGCAAAAAUCUCGAUACGACUUGUAGUCCAGUGUAAAGGUCUAUAGGCAAACUUUGAAGUGACACUGCGUGACAGGGCCACUGGCAACCACAGUUGCCGACAAGAUUGAAAAUACUACACAAAAACACGAUUCUUAAAAAGUUCAACGUUUUAAAAACACCUUUUGUUGUUUUCCUGGAAAAAUAAUCGAUUGUUCAAACCCUUGAAAACAAAUAAGUCAGUUAGGGAGGAACUGAAAGUGGAAGAUCAAUGGUUAGGGGAGAUCUUGAUAAGGAAAUAAAAGCUGAAGUAUUUUGGCCAUUUGAAAAGAAGUGAGGGCUUUGGAAAGAUCAUCUUAGAGGGAAAAAUAGAUGGGAAAUGAGAGAGAGGAAGACCGAGAAGGCAGUGGGAAAGGGACAUACGGAAUGUUUUCGACAACAGAGGUCUAUGGGGAUAAGCAGUUUAAGUAGUAGCUCCGAAGGGGAGUGGGGCUGAGGAAUACAAAUAUUUGAACCAAGCCAUGUGAAUUGUCAAAUCCCCUGUUAAUCGUAAAGCAUAUAUCCCCCUGGGUAACGCAAGAAGCCUGAGUGAAUGCGAAUUAGCAGAAUUUAAUCAUUGAUAUUUUAUUCUACAUCUCUGUCCCAAUACCUUAUACAUUACAUUAUUGCACCUUAAUCAGUAAAGCAUUUUUGCUUUGUCUUAAUCACAUUUGCAGUGACUCGCAGGGCAAUUUUCAAUUGCACAAUUUGAGCUGCACCAUCCAUCCAUGCCUGGUUGUUGAUCGAAUGGUGGUAUAGCUACGCAGGUACCAGAUCCUGUGGGUUUGGUAGUUGGUGGUACCGGAGGUAACGUCGUUAUAGGGCUGGGUUCAGUGGUUGUAGCACCAGGUGAAGGAGUCUGCACCGUUGGCCGAGGUGGUGGGGUGUAGCCUCCCAAGUACUUUUUCACGGCGUUUAUCAACGUAUAGUUUCCUUGACCACAUUGCUUGCCACUGAAAUCAUCUAAAUCUAGGGCCCAGAACAUUGCACCUAUGAGACCCUUUUUCUUGAUAACUGCCGUUAUCUUAUAGUGCAGGCUAUGCUUAUCGUCAAANUAAAGUGUCGGAUAAUUUUUUCGUUCUAAAAUAGCUUUGAUGCCUUGCAUUUUUGCAUGAUCAUCCAACUUUUUAAAGUCCUAUUUCCAAAUUGUUGUGUAAUCGCAAACGAAAAUGGCAAAAAUCUCGAUACGACUUGUAGUCCAGUGUAAAGGUCUAUAGGCAAACUUUGAAGUGACACUGCGUGACAGGGCCACUGGCAACCACAGUUGCCGACAAGAUUGAAAAUACUACACAAAAACACGAUUCUUAAAAAGUUCAACGUUUUAAAAACACCUUUUGUUGUUUUCCUGGAAAAAUAAUCGAUUGUUCAAACCCUUGAAAACAAAUAAGUCAGUUAGGGAGGAACUGAAAGUGGAAGAUCAAUGGUUAGGGGAGAUCUUGAUAAGGAAAUAAAAGCUGAAGUAUUUUGGCCAUUUGAAAAGAAGUGAGGGCUUUGGAAAGAUCAUCUUAGAGGGAAAAAUAGAUGGGAAAUGAGAGAGAGGAAGACCGAGAAGGCAGUGGGAAAGGGACAUACGGAAUGUUUUCGACAACAGAGGUCUAUGGGGAUAAGCAGUUUAAGUAGUAGCUCCGAAGGGGAGUGGGGCUGAGGAAUACAAAUAUUUGAACCAAGCCAUGUGAAUUGUCAAAUCCCCUGUUAAUCGUAAAGCAUAUAUCCCCCUGGGUAACGCAAGAAGCCUGAGUGAAUGCGAAUUAGCAGAAUUUAAUCAUUGAUAUUUUAUUCUACAUCUCUGUCCCAAUACCUUAUACAUUACAUUAUUGCACCUUAAUCAGUAAAGCAUUUUUGCUUUGUCUUAAUCACAUUUGCAGUGACUCGCAGGGCAAUUUUCAAUUGCACAAUUUGAGCUGCACCAUCCAUCCAUGCCUGGUUGUUGAUCGAAUGGUGGUAUAGCUACGCAGGUACCAGAUCCUGUGGGUUUGGUAGUUGGUGGUACCGGAGGUAACGUCGUUAUAGGGCUGGGUUCAGUGGUUGUAGCACCAGGUGAAGGAGUCUGCACCGUUGGCCGAGGUGGUGGGGUGUAGCCUCCCAAGUACUUUUUCACGGCGUUUAUCAACGUAUAGUUUCCUUGACCACAUUGCUUGCCACUGAAAUCAUCUAAAUCUAGGGCCCAGAACAUUGCACCUAUGAGACCCUUUUUCUUGAUAACUGCCGUUAUCUUAUAGUGCAGGCUAUGCUUAUCGUCAAAGCCUACCCAGAUGGUACCUUUGUGGCCGUAUGGAGCCUUGACUCUAUUGUCUGUGACAACAUUCAAGCCAAGCUUGCAGAUCUCGUAGUAGGCCAGGAAUCCUGCUUCACGGGUGUACUGACCCUUGUGGGGCUUCUGCCAAUCGUGCUUUGGGGCACCGAGACCACUGUCGCUGGGGUCUUUCAGGGCGAACGCUCGUCCAUAAGUAGCCAUACCGAGAGCGAUCUUAUUUGCAGGAAAACCUUUGUCAAUCCAGUACUGGGCUGCGUAAGGCACGGUAAGCUUGUCAUCUCCUACCAUGGCUGUAUGAUGGCCGGUCACUUGGUCCCAGUUACCGUGAAGGUCAUAGGUCAUCAAAUUGAGAAUGUCAAGCAAUGGACCUAAUUUUGCGACCUCGUAGGCUUUGUCGAUUGUUGCAUAACCAGCUGCCACAGCAGCUGUUAGCAAAAGACGGGGCCUUCCAGUCUGCGCUGCCUCCGCUUUGAAGGCAUCCAACAACUCCUGGCAGAGAACGGUGAAUUUUUGUUUGUCUUCUGGCGGAGAGCCGCCUCGAACAGCGGGAUAUUCCCAGUCUAGAUCGAGACCAUCGAAUCCCCAGGUUCGUAGCAUCUCAAUUGAAGAGUCAAUAAAUACCUUGAAAAGAAUUGUGUUCACAUUCAUUAACAAAAUAUAUAGCAAAAAGAAAGAUGGACGGACCCAAAACAGUCUAAGAACUGCUCAAGUAUAAGCUGUUAGAGAGAUUCAAGAAACCACGCUAAUGGCAGUAGGAUUUCAUGCCGCAUAGAGCCAUUCAGAGAUGUUUUCUUUAUCUAACUACAUGUACUUGAAAUACGUUAGAGAUUUUUCUGGCUAUUUUUCUUUACAGAAGAAAUCGGUAGUAAUCUAAGUUGCCCUCAUCGCCGGCCCAUCGGGAGAAAUGGCCAUUAUUCUCGGGACACUUACUUACAGUCGGUGAAAGCUUCUAGGUCUUCCAUACCACUUAUUUUUAUUCUAAAAUGCUGAACAGGAGUCUUUUUCAUUGGUUACCAUGAACGCGCGACAGUAUUCAGUAGGCGUGUGAAACUAAUAAAAGCCGAAUCUCUCUAUUGUUUUCCCUUUUGUGAGGCCAGAUCACACCUUUACGCAUUUUAAUUACUCCUUACAGAUAACUGACUUAAAGAUGAGUCGAAAAUUUUAGUUUCGUUUCCUCGCAUUAGAGUUUUGACGGAGCUCUAACUGAUUACUCUAUGAGUAUGACGGCGGUAGAGAAAAAGUGGAGUCAAAAAAGAAGUCAGUUUGCCUUUAAUAAAUUACAUGUGAGCGAAGAUAACGCCCAACUAGAGUGACCAGUGCGAAGUUUAGAAUCGGCCCUUUAGCAUCAAAAGUUAGUCUCCUGAAUCCAACCGUCAGACGCGCAAUAAAGAGAUUGAAGUAAAAAAAAAAAAAGGACGUUUAAUAUAGACAACGAUAGCAGGAAACAUUUAUUGUAAAAGUUGUGCCGCGCUCUAUAAAGAGAAUUCGAGGUUCUAUGUAUAUUUUCAGUCGAAAACAGAGUCGAAAAUGGUUAUAUUCGCGCAAAUGAAACUUAUGAAAUCAAGUUAGAUGUUUUAGAUUAA